UCGCUAUCGGUUCUCAGUUGUAGUCGACAUUUAGGCGCAGAGCAUUGCGCGCUUAACGGUAAACCGUAACGGUUGUUUGCGUGCGAAAGUACAACAUUCAAUUGCAACAUUUUGAUCAACUUUAAAGUUUUUUUUGUUUUGCCAAAUAGUCCUUUAAACCUUCUAGUCCGCAGUCCGUAUUAAAUUUCGUGUGUUUAUUGCUGCUGUUGUUGUUGUUAUUGUUUACGUGUGCAGCGCGCAUAGGUCGAGCGUGCUUCAGCAUGUGGCUAUUAAAACGCGACAUUUAACAACAGCUCGGAUUACUUGAAAAUUUCGCAUCUAUUUAUAUUUUUUGCUUUUUGUUGUUGUUGUCAAUGUUGACAACAUUCAUUUGUUGUAGUCGCUGGCGUGGUGUGGGCAACAAUUGCAGUCGCGGUAUGUUUACAUUGUGGCCAUUCAAGUGGACACUGCUGUUGUUGCUCAUGUUUCUCAUUAACAAAGUGGCAGCCAAGUGGCCACCUGACGCACAGCUACGUUACGGCUAUCCGCAACAUUGGCCACGCCAAUACUUUGACGACUUUGCAAUUGAUUCGCGGAAUUUUGAUAAUGAAAAAUCUAUAGACGGAAACGGAAAUGCUGUGUUUGGCAAAACAAUCGCCGACGAAAUGACGUUGCGAGAUUUAUUGCAGCCAAAUGAUAUUGAAAUUCCUGCCGAGGAAAGACGUCAACGGCAACUGCAAUGGCUGGGCAGUUGGCUAUUUGGGCGAAGGCGACAGGAAGCAUUGCGAACGCAACAACAAACAAGCGAAGCGAAAACGUCACAACAGCAGCUAUCGGCAUAUGAAUCAAGGUUACGUAUACCUUUCGAAACUGCUGAAAAACAACAACAACUGAAGCAAGAAAAUGAUUUUGACGCAGAUGAUAUUGUCGUCUACAAGAAGGCACCUGAAUUUGUGCCAGGUGAGGAGAAAAAAACUCCAAACGAAGCGGAUAAGAGUGAGAAUGACGUCAGCGGGUCGAACGCGCUGGAAGAGGAGGAAGAGGAUGUGGAGAAACGCAAGAAACCCAUAGAAACUCUAACGGAUUAUGAUUAUAAACUGGAUAUGAGUGGUGAUAGCGAACGUUAUAAAAACGAACAACCGUUACGUACCAAACGUAUUUCGUACGCGCGUAAUCGUCGCUUGGAGUCCGGUUAUAUACCCUACACAGCAUAUCAGCACGAUCGUCAACAAGAGUUUAACGAGGCAAAGAAAUUGGCUUACAAGCGUAACAAGACCGGCAAUGUGGAUCAACGGAACUUUUUGCCCUCCAUUAGCGCUGGCGCCAUGACCCAUCUGGGCAACUUUUUUACGGAUCUCUCGAAGAAUGUGCGCUACAAUGAGAAAUCCCAACCGUUGAAUCAUGAGGAAGCGAAAUUACUAGAAGGUCAUCAUCCCUUGCGGCAGUUGCAUGAGCGCAUGGCCGGUGAACAUGAGGCUAAUGCGGAGUUACUACAUGCGAUUCGCACAUAUCGGCCGUCGCAGAAGAUACGCUCGCUGGUGGCGAUGAAUCCGCGCGGCUAUCAUGGUGCACAAUUCAUCGAUCCCAAUUACAUGUGGGUGGGUUUGGGUAAAUAGCAAUACGCGCGGCGGCGUUGUGGUAGCUGGCAUUGUGCCAUUGAUCCACCAUGUUGGCAUGGAGUUCGAGAAUGAGGUUCUCAAGUGCCCUGCUCUCCUUCUCAUAUACUCCAUACAUCCCACCACACCCCACCACACCGCGUUUGAAAUGUUACAACGAAACACCAUGAAUGCAAAUACAUACAUAUGUUAAUUAGAAUGAAGCAAA